AUGUCUGAACCCGAAUCCACCACCGCCUCCCUCAACCUAUCCGCCCUAACUCUCACCCCCGAACCCCCCCUCCAAACCUUCCCCCUCGGCGACUUCACCCUCCAAUCCGGCACCAUCCUCCCCUCCGCCCAAAUCUCCUACACCAUCCACGGCUCCCCCUCCCUCCCCCCCAUCCUCUACCCAACCUGGUUCUCUGGCCUCACCAGCUCCAACACCUGGCUCCUCGGCGCCUCUCGCCCCCUCUCCCCCGAGAAAUACUGCAUCAUCAUCCCCGCCCUCUUCGGGAACAGCCAGUCCACUUCCCCGUCUAAUUCGGAUCUGCGUCCGUUUCCGGCGAUCACGAUGUACGAUAAUGUACGUGCGCAGCAUGAAUUACUUACGAAGGGGCUGGGGAUUACGCAUCUUCGCGCGGUAUUGGGGUGGAGUAUGGGCGCGGCGCAGGCGUAUCAGUGGGCGACGCAGUAUCCGGAGUUUAUGGAUAUAAUCGUCCCUUUCUGCGGUGCGGCGAGGUGCGCGACGCAUAACAAGGUGUUUUUAGAGGGACAGAAGAGUGCUUUGCUCGCGACUAAGGGUGUGCGAUCCGCCGGUGCUGGUAGCGAUGGCGGGGAGAGAGGCGAGUGGAGCAAAGAUGAGUGGGAGGUUGGAAUGAGAGCGUUUGGGAGGGGGUAUGCCGGAUGGGGAUUUUCGCAGACAUUUUAUCGCGAGAGGGUGUUUGAGACUCAUUUAGGGUAUAAAGACUUGGAGGACUUUUUGGUGGGGUUUUGGGAGAAGUGGGCGGUUUCGAAAGAUCCGGAGAAUAUGCUUACUAUGCUGCGAACUUGGCAGACUGCGGAUGUCUCACAGCAGGAGCCGUAUCACGGCGACUUCAAGGCCGCUAUGCAGGCUAUAAAGGCCAAAACUCUUGUUCUGCCUUCCAAGACAGACUUGUACUUUCCGCCUGAGGACUCGGAAAUUGAAGUUUCGCUCAUGCGCGAGGGUGUUGCGACGCUGGCGGUCUUUCCUUCCAUCUGGGGGCACUGGGCGGGUGGUCCGGGGGAGUCGAAGGAGGAUGGGGAGUGGCUUGAUGAGCAGCUGAGGGGGGUUGGACUUUGAUUUUCGGGCUUUGGGGCCUCUAGCUUUGAGGCUCAUCUCAGGUCUUGCACUUUAGAUUUUGUUUCUGUGCGUAUGGAUUCGUCGUUUUUUGAACGGAUGUCCUGUCUUUUUCUUUGUUUACUUCUUUUUCUACAGCAUACAAUGAUACUUGUUUCGUUUCACUCAGCCUCUUUAGAGCCUAGGUUUUGAUUGUCACUUCGAAACGAACGAUGCUAUUAUGUCUCAGCCGCAACAAAGGGAUGGGCCGGAUUCUCCAAAGGCGUUUUAAACGCUACAUACCCCAG